GAUGCUGCCGUCGCUGGUGCCGCUGCUGGCUCUGGCCCUUCCGCUGCUGGCCGCCUCGCCGCCCAACGCCAGCUCCAGCUGGUGGAGCGAUGCCGCGCCCACGCUGCCCGCCUGCCCCAGCAGGCGCUGCCCGCACGAGGAAGCGGGCGGCACGGACUACGCACUGGCGCAGCAGCUGCUGGGGCUUGUGCCGCCGUUCGCCGUCACCUCCCCGCGCAGCAACAACAGCCGCUGCCUGCAAGACUCCCGCCGAUUCCUAGCAGCACUGCAGCGCCUCGAGCUAUGGGCCGUCAGAGUGUACGACGCGAGCGCAAAGCUGCCGUCGGGUGUGCUGAACGGCAACGUGAACCAGUACGGCGACUUCGACGCGUGCGUGCGGCGCGCGCGGGCCCAAUACUGCCUGGCCAUGGUGCAGCUGGACGCCGGGCACGACGCAUCGCCCGCUCUGCGCCGCUUGCUGCGCCUCACGCGCUCGCUAGACGUCUUCCGCAGCACUUUCGACGACCCGGGGCACCGCGUGCCGCGCUUCUCGAGCAUCAACUGGGGCGUGUGUGUGCCGCGCUCGUGCGGCGCCGAAGACGUGCAGCUGUCGCUGGAGGACGCACUCGACUCGCACACGGCUCGCACCGGCCUCAGGCCGCGCGUGCGCGUCAACCCGCAGAUGUGCUACGUGCAGCAGUCCUGGCUCCCGCCCGCCUCCUUCCUCCUCGUGGGGUCACUGUUUGUUGUAAUAAUUGGUAUUGCUGUAACUGCCACACUCUAUGAUAAAACCGACAAGAAGGAAGAUAAAUUUCAUAGUCAGAAAAUGGAACUUUUAGAAUGCUUUUCUCUGAAGAAAAAUGUAAGGAAACUGAUAAGCAUGGAAAGAUCUGCAGAUGAUAUUGAAAGUAUCCAUGGAAUUCGAGCAAUUAAUGCUUAUAUGCUGCUGCUUUCACACAAAUCAAUGGCAUUAUUUUUCAAUCCUUACAUGAACCGCACCGACAUGGCAGAGCAAGUGGGAGAGAUAUGGACAACUUUAGCUCGUGGAGCCAGCUUAUACACUGAGCCUUUUGUAAUGUUGAGUGGACUUCUUACAUCCUACUCAUUUACAAAGGAAUUUAACAGAAACAAAAAACUUGAUCUUCAGAAAGAAUAUGCAUCGAGAUUGUUCAGGUUGGUGCCUAAUCUUGCCACAAUUAUACUUUUCUGUACUUUCCUGCUUCCUUGGAUGGGCUCAGGACCACAGUGGAAUCUAGUAGUGCGUCACCAUUCAGAUAUCUGUAAGAAAAACUGGUGGCGUAACUUGCUUUUCAUUCAUAACUACUUUGGAUUUGAAAAUAUGUGCUUGACACAUACACAUCAUGUGGGAAUAGAUACACAAUUAUUUGCCAUAUCUCCACUGCUUGUAUAUCUUCUCUGGAAGUGGCCAAGAAAAGGCUCUUUAAUACUAAUUUUACUGGCAGCUAUAUCAACAUUUCUUCGUUUUUAUGUGACAUACACAAGAAGGCUCACCCACUUUGUAUUUUAUGGAAUUUCGGUUUCCAAAUUAUUUGAAACUGCAGAUUUCUCAUAUAUUUUACCAAGCCACAGAUUAACAGUUUAUAUAAUGGGUAUAUUUGUGGGCUACUUUCUGAGGAUAUAUGGGAGAAAUUUUAAAUUGAAAAAGGCAUACAUAGGCAUUGGUUGGAUGCUUGUUUCUGUAUUGUUUUACUUGUCAUUUGUAAUGCCAGCAACAAUGGGUCAAGAAAGCUACAAAUAUGAUCCACUAGAUGCAGCAAACUAUGCUGCAUUUGCUCCUAUUGGAUGGUGUUUGUGUUUUAUGUGGAUAAUAUUUGUAUCGUAUGUAAACCAAGGAGGUAUUAUGGGGAGCAUUCUCUCAUGGAAAGCAUUCUUAAUAUCAACAAGGAUAUCAUAUGCAGUGUACCUUACACAGUUUCCAAUUUUCUUUUACAAUGUUGGAACAACAAGACACACUGACCAGUAUAGCAUUCGACUAUUGUUUAAUGCAGCAGAAACUGCAGCCAUUGUUCUUGCAUCAGUUGCCCUUACAUUGUUCAUAGACUUGCCAUUCCAAAAUAUUAGAAAUGUUCUACUGAAGAAAAAGAAGUCAUGAAGACAAAUUUUGUCAUCUCUUUUAUGUUGUAAAAAAUUUAAUGCAUUAAUGCAAAUCCUUUGCUAGGAAGUGAUGAGUGAUCCACUUUGAAUAAUGUAUACUGUGAUUUAGAAGUGAGUGCAUAAUAUGUAGAAGACUGACAGAAAGAAAAUUUGAGUGAGGGUGUAAAAUACAUCAGCUUAUAAUGAACAAACAACUGUGAGGAGCUUACCUUAAGACUCUACUCUCCAGUGAUGACUGAGUGCUCAUUAAUAGAAUCUUUCUAUAUUCCAGGAAUGAAAGGAAUUAACUAAUGACACAUAAAUUGACUGUAAUCACCAACAGAUGAAGCAAUGGCCACACUGAUGAAUAAUAUGUAUAUAGUAACAGAAAACAAAUUCUUCAGCUAAUGGAACUGUACCUCUGAUUUUCAAGAGGUAUUGUUAUUGCUCACCUGUAUAUAAAGCCACAUGUUUGAAAAAUAUCAUAAGUUGAUGAAGUUGUUGGUUACCAAGCUGUCAGAAUGGUCCCCUUGACCAAAAAACAACUGUGAUACACAAAUAGCAAGGAGAUAGCGGCAAUCAACUCACUAAUGAAAUGGAUGCCACUUCUUUGACAGCUUGAGUACUGAUACCUUACAAUCUGGAAUAUGUCUGCUAGCGACUGCUGAUAAAGUACUUUAAUCAAACAGUUGCAAGUGAUCUUGUCAGUUGCUUACAUUGCUGUUCUCAAGGGAAAUACCUUUAGUUUCAAAAGCUGAAAAAUUAAUUAUUUGUUAUUAUAUGCUGUAAGAGUGACCUGUUGGUGAACAGAGCUAAAAGAUACAGCUUUAUUUUUCAAAUUAUUCUACAAAUAUAUCUAUCCAAUUGUUGUUCUGUUGCAGUUUGCAUCAUUAGGAAAAAUAUUAUUUAUUAGUAACAACAUUUUUAGAUAUAUCAGUAAGAGCCAUUUGCAAAUGUAAGUGUGAAGCAUCAAAAUUCUUGGAAAAUUGUAAAGUGACAUUGAACUUUAAGAGCUCAUAUACAAAACAGGCAGCAAAUGGUGUUUUAAAUACAGCCCCAUUAUUGUUGAAGGAAUUUCUCAGGUAAAGAUGUUAAUACUAAAUAAAAAGGAUAUUGUAAAUAAGAUUGUAAGUUUCUACUGCAGAAAGACCUGUACAAUUUUUUAUGUGUAUCAAAUAUAUAUUAUGUAAAAUA